AUGUCAUCACCAAAUAUUUUAUCGAAGGCCUUCAAAAGGAAUCUUUGCAAAAAGGAUCUACAUGCUACAAAAAAAGCAAAAAUUGAAAGGUCCGAUAGCUCAAUCAUCAAUGAGGAGGUCGAUUCCAAUAUUAUAGUUAACCAAGCUGAUAUAAGAGAAAAUAUUUUCUACGAUCUACUAAAA